AUGGCUUUUCCGGCGGACGACGGCCAGCACCGGGCGGCGGUGCAGCCGGACCCUGCAGCCUCGGCCGCCCCCGACAGCUCGCUCUGCUGCGUCUGCGCCGGCCGGCGGCCGGCCGACUGCUGGGACCUGCAGCGCACGGUGACGGACACGGCGCACCAGUCGCUGGCGCACGUGGCACGACAGCUGGGGCUGUGCGCGGCUGCCAGCGGUCGCCCGCUGGUCUGCGGCCAGUGCGCCGGUCUGCUCAACGGCUACCACCGGCACCGGAACGCCCGCUGGGACGCCUCGGAGGAGACCACGGCAGCCGCCGGCGCCGCGGGUCAGGUAGCCGGUCAGACUCGGCCCUGCCGCACGCCGCUGGCGGACGACGGCCUGCGCUGCCUGUGCGGCAAGCGCUUCGCCAAGGCGUCGCAGCUAGCGUCGCACCAGCGCAUACACUCGGGCGAGAAGCCGUACGGUUGUCCAUGUUGCGGCAAGGCGUUCCGGCUGGCCAAGUAUCUGACCAGCCACCUGCGCACACACACCAACGAGCGGCCGUACGUGUGCGCCACCUGCGGGCGCGCCUUCAAGGAGCCCCAGACGCUGCACGUGCACGCGCGAGUGCACUCGGGCGAGCGGCCGUACCGCUGCGCCGUCUGCGAGCGCUCCUUCUCACAGAGCGGCCAUCUGAAGGAGCACCAGCGGGCGCACGAGGCCGCGCCGCCGCUGCGCUCCGCCCACUGUCCGCGGCAGUUCCCGCGGCACGCCGACUCGCGGCACGUGUGCGCCACGUGCGGCGCCGAGUUCGCGCGCUCCUCGUCGCUGCGCAAGCACGCCGUCACGCACGCGCGCCGCGCGUUCCAGUGCGAGCUGUGCGGAAAGCGUUUCGCGUUCGCGUCCGAGCUGCGCGCGCACGCGCGCGCCGUGCACGAGGGCGAGCGGCGCUUCAUGUGCGAGCGCUGCGGACGCGCCUUCUCGCAGGGCGGCCACCUGAAGACGCACCUGCGCACGCACUCGGGCGAGCGGCCGCACCGCUGCGGCGUGUGCGGGCGUCGCUUCGCGCGCCGCGACGCGCUGACCUGCGCCGGCUGCGGCCGCGCCUACACCCACCGCUCCGGCCUGCGCUGCCACGCGCGGCUGUGCCCGGCGUCCGCCCGCGCCGCCGCCGGCGAGGACGCGGUGCGCGGUGGUGGUGAGGACCCCGUGAUUGAGGACGCGUCGGGUGCAGCGUAUCUCGGCUGUGCUGAGUGA